UUUUGUAGCAUUUGUCAUUUAAACGGUUGUUUGUUUAACUUUAAUCGAGUCUAAAUGUGUAUAAUUAUCUUGAUAAUUGUGACCUUGUCAUGAGCUGUUCAAUAAAAUCCAAACAAUUAAAAGAAAAGAUUGAGGUUGAUAGAAUAUCAUUUCCAUUGAUUAAAGUAUCACCAUCAUCAUUACAAUCAAAAUCUUUUUUCACCCAUCAUGAAACAUCCCGAAGCCAUUGAACUGGAUGAGGAAACAAUUGCCUAUCGUGGUGAGGGCAAUGUAACUCUUGUCAUCGCUCUUAAAAAUACUGGUAAAGUGUUACGUUUCCCUAAGUAUCCAUUUGAUCAGAUUAUGUGUCGAGCCCAUUUGAAAGCUAAACUGUUACACCACAUAUGGUUUGCUAAGAUGAUUCUCAAGAACUUGAUAAACGAAGCCAUGUUUGAUGAGCCGAAACUUGUUCUCGUUUCUCAGGAAGAUAUUGAGCUGAUCAACAAAUUAUGUAAAAGAUCAAGGCCAAAUUACCGUAUAUUCAAAGUCAUACCAAAUCAAGAAUCUUGGGCCUUACUGUUAAAUGAUUAUUGUUGUAUUCCCAGCCAACCGAAUCUCCUCUCCGAUUUAACUGGUCCUGUGAUAAGCGUUGAAAUCAAACCGAAACAAGGAUUCCCACCAUUACUUUAUCAUUUGGAAGAGGAUAAACCUAUUGAAGCAAGAGUUUGCCGAUUCGCAUUGAAGCAAGCAUUCAAACUUCAAACUAUGCCUUUGAAAGAGGAAAGUCAUUAUUGUCCUCUCGAUCUCUUCUCUGGUUGCCAUUCUCGUAUGAUGAACGCCAUUAAAAAUCUACUUCAAACACCUCAGAAUAAUUUCAGAAUAUUUCGAGACUCUGAGUUAAUCUAUUCGGAUGAUGGUAAUCUAACUGAUCUUGACUCCCUGUUGGUCGGUUUCACUUGCAGUGAUACAACUGAUUUAGAUCAAAGAUCUGAGAAACUUUUAUCAUCUCUUUUAAUCAAAGCUUUAACAUUACCCUUUGAAAAUUCAUCUACCACUCGUCUUGAUGAUCUUAACAUUCUUGAUGAUAAACUUCAUCUAUGUUCCUACCAUGAAUCAGCUGCUUGUGAUCUUCCCUGUCAAGGUAAUCAUAAACUGCGACGAAAAUGUGUUUUAGAGACUGUACUGAAGCUUCAGAAGUUGGAUACUAUUGGCUCCCUGAACGCUUUAACUAUGCUCAACCAUUUGAAACGAACAGCACCUCAAUCAGCUGUACUAUUGGAUAACUAUUCUGACUCGAUGGCAAAAGUGGACGAUUUUUUCCCUCCCUCUUUGGGUUCACCGGAUAAAAGUGAAAUCGAAACUGAAUCUGAAUAUUUAUUUCGUAAAAUUUGGGAAUAUCUGAUCUCCAUGAUCGCCAAAGAUUGUUCCAUAAUGAUUUCCAUGCAAAGGAUAAACUCGAGCGACUUGAAAUCAAGACCACCAUUUCCAUCACCAUUGUUGAUAUCAUCUUCUUCUGAAUCUUCACAAUCUUCCUUUUCAUCAACAGCAUCAACAUCAUAUUUACAAUCUUCGUCUUCGUCAUCAUCAUUGUCAUCGAGUUCCACUUCUUCAUCAAUUUCAUCUUCCCCUUCCUCAUCUCCGAAGUCUUCAAAAUCCUCAUCAACAUCUUCCAAUCUUGAAGAUCAAGAAACAUCGACUGGAAGAUUCAUUAAGGAAUCACAGAAAUGUCACAUUAUCAAAGAUGAUGCCACAGGAACUUAUUACGCCGUCAGCAUUGCGAUUACAGAUCUUGAUCUUAAGAGAACGGGAAAUAUCACAGAGAUUUACAAAAAAGAUCUUAAGUUAAUCGACGCCUUCAAAGAUCAUCUUCGAGAGAGAUGAUCCUUUAAUCUUUUCUAUUUAAAAAAUAUAUAUGAAUAGAUUAAUAUAUGUUGAAGUUGGUGAUGAAGAUUAAUUGCGAGAAAUUAAGACAAUUGAGUAAAUUCACUUCAAUUCAAUCAACUCAAGCUUAGCUUUCUAUUGAUUACACAUCAACUUUUUAAUUGUUACUUUUUUUAUUCACCAACUUUAGCUGUUUGAUUUUUCUGUUAUCAAGAUUGUUACCAAGAAGAAAAGGCAGAAAAUGACAUUUUAAUUAACUAAUCAUCAUGAUUAUCGCAAAAAUUUCAACAAGAAAACGAAAAUAAAUGACAAAUUGUUAGACUUUCAUUGAUUCUGUUGAUACAAAAACAGAAGCCUUUUACUAAAAGAAAAACAAUUUACUUGAUUACCAUUAUCACCACCAUAACAAUUAAGAUGAUUGUUUAUCUCUUUCGUCUGGUAUUUUCCAGAUUGAUUGUUGAUUGAAUGAUCAUGAUUUGCAUGACUAAAAUUCAGUUAAUGAAUCAAUGAAUCAACGAAUGUGAGUUUAUCUUCAAUUAUUGAACAAAAUCUCUCCAAUUAUCACUGAAUGACAUGCUAAUAUUGGUAAUAAUAGUAAUCAUGAUUCGGUGAGGUAAAACUCAAUUAACCCUAGAGGUUGAAUUUAGAUAAUCACGUUAAUUUGUUUAAUUGACGGAAUCAAAUUGUGAAUGGAAAUCAAUUUCUCAUCUAUUUUGCUUUCUUUGUCUUGGUGCUUUUGUUGAUUAGUUAGAUGAUCAAUUUAAUUGUAGUUAAUAUAUUAAUAAUUACCAAAUGAUUUUGUUCAAUAUCAAACGUUUCCCAAUCAUCAUUGUCAAAAUGAAUUGUUAUCUAAUUGUUUCUUUCCAACUGACUCAAACCCAAUGUCCAUUGUUAAUUGUAUUGUAACAAUCAGCAAACAAUCAAUCUUUUUGUAUGGAAACAUAUUUUUUAAUCGAAAUCAUUAUUACCCAAUUUGUUAUCGAUAAUACGAAACAACGACAACAAUCACAAUUUAAUCAUCAGCCUUUUAUAAGGAAAUUGUAUGAGAACUUUUGUUGAAAAAAUCUCGAAAUAGAAAAUUUCACUUAA